AUGGAGAGGAGGAAGGAUGUGUUAACAUUUACUCAAGUAUUCUUGCAGGAAAACUGUGUCCUUCAUUAUAAUGGCCGCGGGAUAUAUGGGACAUACAGCGUAGAACUGGUAAUUGAAGACUAUCCAAGAGAAGCCACUGUCCUGACACACAGUGAUGACACACAGACCCUGCACUCUGUUUUUGAAGACACUUCGUCCACAGCAUUCAAUCAAAGCACUAAAGCCCUUAGCUCCAUUCCGAUGCAAUUUGUGAUCAUUGUGGACAGGUCUAUAUCACAAUGUGCAGUUGGAAUAUUCCGGCCUGUGUUUGUUCAUCCAACACCUCCAAAUGGAGCAAGAAUACCUGCUUCACUUUAUGAUGAGAUUACUUUCACAAUAAGUGCCAUCAGUCUAAAUGAAAGAAUCACAGGCUUUACAAUAGUGGGUCCCCAUGGAUUACACAAAUCAGAGAUGUGGAGUGUCAACGGUGACAAAUCUGUAUCGACAAAUGUUUCUUGGUCAGUGGGAGUUCAUGAUGCUCCAAAACAAGUUGCAGUGUGCUUUGUCUCAAUAACUUCAUCAGGGCUACAGUCAGAGCCACAGUGCAUCUGGAUUGUCCUAAGCACAGGCUUACAUGAUGAACCGUCACUAAUUGGCCCAGAUCUCCAGUGCUCAACACAUGCAAUGGUUCUAACUGUCCCAAGAAGUUUGGUAGCCAACUUGCCAGAGAGUAACCUACAGCUCAAUGAUGCAUCUUGUAACAUCACUGGUAAUACCACUCACCUCCUGGUGAAAAUCCCGCUUUCUGAAUGUGGUACUAAAUUACUG